AUGAGCAUUCUUGACGAAUUCGCAUCACGCAACUUUUCUUUAUAUGCCCAAUGGUGCGGUCUUAUUUCUAUAAUAUUAUUGAUCGCACUGGGUGUCGUGUCUCUUCUUAGUAAUAUACCUUUUGCGAUUAUUGGCUGGGUAUUUGCUGCUAUUCUAGUAUUCGUUGAAGUGCCUCUCUGUACAAAGUUUUGUCCAACUAGUCCGAAAUUCGAUGCCUUCAUUGCUCGAUUUGAAAAUUCCUAUUUCCGUGCAGCACUGUAUCUGGUGUAA